UCUUAAUCAAUGAUAUCACUGAUCAGAUACAAUAUAAUGAUAACGUGAUUUUAUUAUACGAUUGAAUUACUAAGGCUGUAACAGAACCAUAGCCUUAUUUAAAACACAUGAUUCUUUUAUUGACGUUCAAGUUCAGAUCAUUAUCUAAUAACAGUUGUUCAAAAAGAUACAGCUGCCAUCUAGGGGUGGCGUACUCCAGGGACUUUGCAUCUAUCCCAUUUUGCCCACCGAAAAGUUGUCGGCCACGCGUGCCUACAAGAUUGGCAUUGUUGCCAAUCCAUUUUUGAUUUACAUUAUUCUGCUUUUCGUGUUACAUUUUCCUUCCUUACAUUAUAUCUGUACUUUUUAUUCUUCUUUCCUGUCUUUCUCUUGCGCCCCCUUUUAGUCGCCUCUUACGACAGGCAGGGGAUACCGUGGCUGUAUUCUAAACCCCCCAGCCACAGGGGGAUUACAAGAGCUUGUUAUAUCAGAUCAAGUCGUUAUGGAGUAUCAAAUGUUGCCACUACUUCCAACCAAAAAAUUCCUAAACUUGAAUGGUACCUGGUACAGUUGUUUACCUCCAGCUGCCUCUAGUAUACGCUCCAAAAUGGCAAUAGAUUGUCUCGUUGUGUUAAGUUCUACUUAAAAUUGCAAGACAUUUAAAUAUAAAAUAAUUGCUUUUUAGAAAGGUUUUGCAGAAUAAUUAUAUGCAAUCAUGGCUGACAAGAGGCAGCAAAAUUUAUCAAAAGAAGAAAUAGCAAAACAGUUUAUGCUACCAGAGAGAAAGAGUAAGAUUGCAACUUUACUAAAACAGGAUGGACAAGCGUAUUGCAUUUGUAGAAGCUCUGACAGUUCACGUUUUAUGAUAGGAUGCGAUGCUUGCGAAGAAUGGUAUCAUGGUGACUGUAUAAAUAUAACAGAAAAGGAUGCCAAACACAUAAAACAGUUUUUCUGUAUUCGGUGUAGAGAAGAAGAUCCAACAUUGAUAACGCGUUACAAGCCAAGGAAAACUGAUCAGGAAGAUCGUAAAUAUAAGAAACAUAAAGAAAAGGAACGAGCUCAUCGAUACGAGUACGAUGCACCUUGGGAUCCUACGGUGAUAAAAAAAUCGUCUAAACGUUGCGGAGAAUGCACAGGUUGUUUGAGAACUGAGAAUUGUGGAAAAUGUGACGCGUGCAGACAUCUAAAAAAAUUUGGACCCUCGGUACGACUGAAGCUCAGAUGUAUACAACGAACUUGUCGAGUAUUAGGCGAUCCAUUAAAACCCUCAAAGAGUUUUAACAAAAGUUCAAAAUUCAUCAAAAAAAGAAAAAGAGAUUCAAGCAAUGAAAGAAACGAUUAUCUCGAUGUACCGAGACAUUGUUAUGGACCUGCUUGUACAAAAUGCUCAAGGCCAGGUAGUAAAUAUUGUUCUGACGAAUGUGGAUUAAAGUUAGCAACAAACAGAAUUUACCAAGUACUACCUCAGCGACUACAAGAGUGGUCAUUGACACCGUGCAUCGCUGAACAAAAUAAUAGAAGACAGUUAGAGGCAAUUAGGAAACAGCAGCAGGAUGUUAGAAGAAUACUCCAGGAAUUGGAUAAAAGACACGCGGAGUUAGAUAGGAUUAUAGAACGCGCAAAGCAUGCGACGAUUGAUCCACAAGCGGAAGUGGACGAUAACGAUGACACCGAAAUGAGCAUGUACUGUAUUACCUGUGGCCAUGAGAUUCAUUCCCGAACAUCUAUUAAACAUAUGGAAAAAUGCUUCAACAAGUACGAGUCUCAAGCAUCCUUUGGUUCAAUUUUCAAAACCCGAAUAGAAGGGCAAGUGAUGUUCUGUGAUUUUUAUAAUCCUGCAAACAGGACUUAUUGUAAAAGAUUGAGGGUCCUUUGUCCUGAACACUGUAAGGAUCCUAAGAUAAGUGAAACUGAGGUGUGCGGUUGUCCCUUAGUUACAAAUGUAUUUGAUACAACUGGAGAAUUUUGUCGUGCUCCAAAGAAGAGCUGUGUGAAGCAUUACGUGUGGGAGAAACUGCGGCGGGCAGAGAUUGAUAUGGAAAGAGUAAGACAAUGGUUGAAAAUAGAUGAACUGGUUGAACAGGAAAGACAAAUUAGAGCGAACAUGGCUACUCGCGCUGGUGUAUUAGCUUUGAUGUUACAUUCUACUUAUAAUCAUGAAUUAAUGGAACAAAUGACACAGGAACAGAAUAGGGAACAAUUAGAAGCCAUGGAAGAAGAGUUUCAACGUAGGUACGGUUUGCUACAGAAAGAGCAAACCGCAGAACAGUGAUUUUUAUAUUUAAAAAUCUUUCAUGUUAAUGGUAUGACGAAUCUUUUUUAACAUAUCUCCAUGAAGUGUUCAAUUCUAUAUUUGUGUGUAUAUUAUAUAUGCAAUGUAAAUGAAAUGCGCUUGUGAGUGCAUCGAGGAAUCGCUAUCAAGCAAAUCGAGAUCUAUACUGUAAAAUACAAUUGUAUAUUGCGACGAAAUUGUAUACAUACUUUAUAUUUUCCAUUCGACAUAUAAUUUUAGCCUGUACUUAUUAGUGUAUAUAGAAUUAACGAGUGGUUAAAAUUGAAAUAGACUAACACAAGUUAAAUUAUUAGAUGUAUGUACCAAAAAAAAA